AUGAGUGCUGCCGCUUGCCAUACCAAUGGCCAAGGGCAGCUCGCCCAACAAGGCAACACUGGGUCCUGUGGCAGACCACCUUGUCCAGAGCCUUGCUUGCCUCCAACGGGCCACAUCACCCACUACAACAGCCCUUGGGGCCAUGGACUGACCGUCUGGAGGACUGGAAUUGGUUAUUGUCCCCCACCACAGGCCUUUUCCACCGCCGUGGGGCAACCUAGAAACACUUUAGCUCUGAGGGCUCUCCCACCACGUCACGUCGCUACGCACCAGGGCCGUGCCAUCCUUCCUGCCCAUGGUGGACGGCACCGCUCCCUUCUGGCGCUCUUCGUGCUACGGCCAUCCAUUCUUCACGUGUGGCAGACAGCUGCCGAGCUCUGCACGGACUACUACGGAUGGGUCCCCGAUGAGAUCGAGGUUCACGGUGACGAAGCCACAUUAGCUGAUGCUCUGUUGGACGGUCGCCUGUGUGUGAUCAGCGAUGGAUCCUUCAAGAACGAGUUGGGGACCGUGGCGGUUCAAAUCCUGGUGAAGCAUGGAGGAUGCCAUCGAAUCAUCAUCCGGUGUCAGACUCCCGGUUUACCCCAGGACCAGAGUCCAUACCGCAGCGAGCUCAUUGGUCUGUUGGCCGGCAUAAUGGCGGUUGAUUGGCUUCUUGAGCAAUGGUUCCCAAACAUUUCGGCCGGCCCCAAGGUACGGAUUGCUUGUGAUGGCCUCUCUGCUAUUGAGAUGGCUUUCAAAGAUCGUCCCCUGUCUCCAACGGAUGCUCAGUUUGACCUGGUAUCGUCCAUUCGGGAAGCGAUCCUUCGGUCCUCGGUGGAUUGGGCGCCCCAGCACGUGUAUGGACAUCUCGACAAGUCCAAUCUCUUUGAUGAACUUUCUUGGUGGGAGAAACGGAAACUUGAGGUGGAUGGUAUGGCGGUGGAGUACCGUAAGGAACUUGAGACGGCCAAUCAUCUUAUAGCCCCCAACCCUCGUUUUUUCACUGAACUUGCGGCACUGUACGUGGCCGACACCAAACAGUCACGCCUUGAUCCCCGGUUCAUCCAAGAGUGUGUGACUCUUCCGGCCCUACGCUCCCGCUGGAGGGACAAAGGUACUAUCUCCGCUGAAGCCGAGUCUGAGAUUGCCUGGGACACAAUGGGUCGCGCCAUGCGAUCUCUUCCUGCAGGACUACAAAGGUGGUCUACUAAACAUUGUGUGGGCAUGUGCGGCACAGGCAAAUUUAAAGUUCUAUGGGGUCUGGAGACAUCAGCAGCUUGCCCACGCUGCGGCGACUUCAAGGAUCAUCUGCAUGUUCCCCGCUGCCGCGCUGCUUUGGCAACAGCUGAAUGGGAUCGUCGCACUGCAGCCUUCUCCGCGUGGCUAGACCUGCAACUGACAGGCCCUUCCAUCAAAAUAGCGAUCCUACAGCUUCUUCGGGGCGUUUGCACACCUCCUUCAUUUCCCCCAAGGCCCAUCUCCUCUUUGGUUCGGCCGGCCUUCUUGGCUCAGCAGGUGAUUGGGUCUCAAGGCCUUUUGGAGGGACGCUUUGCCUCAUCUUGGCUUCCACUCCAACAACAAUAUUAUGACGAGAUAAGAUGUCACCGAUCUGUCUCUCUUUGGGCGUCCCGCCUCUCACAACAGCUGAUCUCCAUCGGCUUCUACAUGUGGGAGCAACAGAACUCCGUUCAACAUUCGGAUGAUAACGUUCAAUUACGUGAACAUCACAGUACUGUCAAUGAGGGGAUUCACUCCCAGUUUGAUAUGGGUCCCGAUGACUUGCCUAAGGAAAUUCAACCAAUGCUAACAUGCCGUCGACGAGUCCUUUGCAAGUCAUUGGUAGACAAGGAAGAGUGGCUUAAGUUGCUUCGUCAGGAACGCAGAGAUUUCCUUCGCUCCAUGAAAGCACCACGCCGCAGUCUGCGGACUAUUUUCUCCGCUGGACCCUGCCCAACUUUUUGCGGGACCUUACAUGCCCCAAAUUCACCCCGCCACGUUGCGGGAGAAGUCUUUACCCCCUUGGGAGACUUGAGCAACUUCUGUUCAAAAUACAGAUGCCUCAUAUGGUUCAAACUUGUUGUUGACUCACCGCUUUACAGUACUUGA